GAGAAUUUUUCCAAGUUUUGUCUGCUUGAUUUUUUUUUCUUAUUUGAAAUCUGAGUUCAACAGAUCUAGAUGAUACCUAAAUUUGACAUAGACAAGUGUAAAUAGUCCAAUUUUAUGCACAUUCUCUUUUUGGAAUAAAAUGUUGUGUGCGUAUAAAACAUUGUUGUCGAACAGAAGAGUUGUGUUGGCUAGUACGUCUGAGCGUAGGAAAGAAAUAUUAAACGGGCUGGGUUUUCCUUUUACUGUUGUGCAGUCUUCUUUUGAUGAGGACAAAAACAGACCAGACACAAGUGAUCCAAAGGAGUUCACACAAUGGACAGCAUCCCAAAAGGCUUUAGCAGCAGUGGAGGACUUGAAAAAUCACUGUAACCCACCAGAUUUUGUUAUAGGAGCUGACACAGUGGUCUUCCUAGAUGAAGUGAUUUUGGGGAAACCAACAGACUCAGAACAUGCUGUUGAAAUGCUAAAAAUAUUGAGUGGGAAGGUACACUCAGUUGUCACAGGCCUCAGUAUUCAUUACAAAUCACAGAGUGGAUACAAAGAGAGGUUAACAUCAGAAGUGACUCGAGUCAAGAUGGCCACACUGAAUGACCUUAUAAUAAACAGUUAUGUGGAAUCAGGGGAGUCACUGGGUAAAGCAGGAUCAUAUGGAAUCCAAGGGCUAGGUGGAAGUUUGAUAGAAGCAAUUGAUGGAGAUUAUUACAAUGUUGUGGGAUUUCCACUACACAGAUUUACCACUGAAAUGAUUAGCAUCAUACAAGAGUCCAAUGAGCCACACAGCUAACCUGUCAAAAAUUUCCUCCCAUAAAAUAAUGCCUUCUUUUCAAAUGCUGCUGACUUUAUUGGAGUAUUGAUUUCAUAAAAAGGAUUCAUUGAAUGCUUGGGGAAAAGAAAUUGUUAUCACUAUCCAA